CCCCCUCGAUAUGACGAUGAUCGGCGUGGGCACAGAGGUGGACGUGAUGAAGACAAGGAUGGUCCUGUAAAGGUCGAACGAGAAGACCGAGGUGACCGAGGUGACCGUCGAGGUCGAGGAAGGGGCGGAGGAGAGGGCGGAGGCAGAGGCAAGGGCAGAGACGGUUUGGGCACUCCCGAAAGAAGGUCACCAACCCCGGAAGGUGCCGUCCCUUUGUCGCAGCGAAGGCGAAAGGCCUCUGGCUGGGACAUUCAUGCUCCCGGAUACGAGCAAUACAGCGCAAUGCAGGCUAAGCAAACUGGUCUCUUUAAUCUUCCCGGCGCCAAUCGUACUCAAAUUCCUGCCAUCCUCGGUAUCCCCGGUCUUCCUACGCCUAUGCCUGUGCAAAGCUUUGGUAUGGGUAUUGGUGGAAAUCCCAACCUGUCUCGUCAAUCUCGACGACUGUACAUCGGAAGCAUCACACCUGAUGUCAAUGAGCAAAAUCUGGCUGACUUUUUCAACGCUAAAAUGGCUGAGAUGAACCUUGGUACGGGCACUACAGGAAACCCUGUACUUGCUGUGCAGUGUAAUUACGAAAAGAAUUAUGCCUUUGUAGAGUUCCGCAGCGCCGAAGAUGCUACCUCUGCAAUGGCAUUUGAUGGAAUCAUCUUCAUCAAUGGACCACUCAAAAUCCGCAGACCGAAAGACUACGGGGGCAUGGAUAUGUCGGUGGGCACCGGUCCCGGCUUCCAUGUGCCUGGCGUCAUUUCCACGAACGUGCCCGAUUCUAUCAACAAGGUGUUUGUUGGCGGUCUGCCGGCUAGUCUCAACGAGGAGCAGGUACAAGAACUCCUCAAGACCUUCGGUGAAUUGAAAGCAUUCAAUCUUGUCCGGGAGAAUGGUAAUGGGGCCUCCAAGGGUUUUGCUUUCUUCGAAUACGUGGAUCCCGAUGUCACAGAUACUGCCAUUCAGAGUCUCAAUGGUAUGGAACUCGGAGAGCGUUACUUGGUCGUCCAACGUGCCUCGGUUGGUGCUAAAGCGGAUGCCCCCGGAAUCCCCAACCUUCCCUACGACCAAUUCCCCGAAAUUCCUCGUCCAAUCAUGCCAGCCGGAGAAAGCAGCUCCUCGAAUCGCAUCCUACUCAUGCUUAACAUGGUAACGCCUGACGAUCUCAUUGAUGAUCAAGAAUACGGCGACCUGUACGAGGAUGUCAAAGACGAAUGCUCCAACUUUGGCACGGUGGAGGAUCUGAGGAUUCCUCGGCCAGUGAAGAAGGACAAGUCGAAGUGGGCGUCUGGAGACACUGGGCAGAUUGCUGCCCAGGAUGCAGCUCGCAUCGAUGAGGCUUCGGGUGUGGGUCGUGUAUAUGUCAAGUACAGUGAUGCGGACAGUGCCAAUCGGGCUAUGAAGAGCUUGGCUGGAAGAUCGUUUGCUGGGCGCUCGAUUAUUGCGACGACGUUGAGUGAGGACAGUCAAACGACGCCUCCGCUCAACAUCAUAUUCGCCCCUCAGCCCGAAGCGCCACCCCCGUUGCCUUCGUCAUAAAGUGCUAUUUGUCGCAAUAUUAUUAGUGUUACUUUGCUCAAAUAUGUUGUUGGCUGUGAGAGUAAUGAUUUCGAAGGUCUUUCGCGCUCUUUCGGUCCUUUAAUAAUGGUCUAAUAGGACAAUGUUACUGCUUGCUGAAAGCUGAUGUAAUUAUUUGUGAGGAGUCCUUGUUUAUAUAAAUACUGA